ACCACGAAGAAACUUUGCUCAAUCUAAUAGUUAACUGGCAUUCUGUCCUUGAGUGAUAUAGAGAUAUAUAAUGUGCUAAAAUCGUGACAAAAAUAUAAAAUGUUCUAAAAUUGUUUUUAUUAUCACAAACAAGGUUUCAAAUGAAACAUAAAGACCUCUAACUGAAAAUGUAUAAUCAAGGAAGCAUUAAUGAAGAGCCAAUUAAAUCUAAAAUGGAAAUUUCGUUAGCGGAGAAAAAAUCGUAUGAUCACUGUGGUGAUAAAAAAGAAGAUACUCCGUCACAUCUUAUGAAUGAUUUUUUGGGAGCGAUGUUGUUUCCACAUUUAGAUCAGAAAUCUGAAAAGCAUUUUAUAAGCUUUGCCAAGCAACCUAGACUACAGUUCUUAAAUAAAAAAAAAACAUCAGCCGGACUUAUAAAAAAUUUAUUUUGUCCCGCCCACAGUUCACAAACUAUAAAGUUUUUUGGUGGAAUAUCAGCUAUAGAGUAUGAACGAGAAAGAUCAAAGAACUCAGGAUUUGUAAUACACCCGUGGAGUAAACUAAGACAAUAUUGGGAUUUGUUUAUGAUGGCAACACUUGUGAUCAAUAUGGUUGUUCUUCCUCUUGAUAUAAGUUUUUUUACUUAUAAACCAGAAAGAGGCAACAAGAACAAUGCUACUAACAACAUCAGCUACAAUAAUCCAGACAUUAGCAACACAUUUGUUAGCUUUCACAUUGCUUCUGACGUAGUGUGUCUCAUAGAUAUUCUAAUGAAUUUUAGAACCGGCUAUCGAGCAAGUCCAGAAAAAAGUGACUUUCAACUCAAUGGAAAUAAAAUAGCAAACCACUAUUUAAGGACAUGGUUCCCUGUAGAUUUUAUUAGUACCCUACCACUUCAUCAUAUACUUAUCUUAUCAGUGGGUGAUUGGGACAGUGGAGAUGACAUAACUUUUAAUUUGCAAGGCGCUACAAGAGUUUUUAAAGUGUUAAAAGUGCUGAAGCUACUUAACUUGCUAAAGCUUCUUCGACUUUCAAGAAUUAUAAGAAAUGUUUCACUAUAUGAAGAAGUAUAUUGUUGGGCAGUUGGUUUCUUGCGUUACAUUAAACUAAUUGGUAUGAUGUUAUUAGUGGCACAUUGGAACUGCUGCUUACAUUUUCUUGUUCCAAUGUUGCAAAAUUUUCCAGAUAAUUGCUGGGUUAAGUUAGCCAACUUAGAGCAUAGUCCAUGGUACAUACAAUAUGGAUGGGCAUUAUUUGCUACCUUGUCUCAUAUGCUUAGCAGUGGAUAUGGGCGUUCUAAUCCAGUAAUAUUGUCUGAAGCAAUUGUUACUAUUAUCUCUAUGGUUACAGGCGCCACGUUUUAUGCUUUAUUUAUUGCUCACUCUAUGUCUUAUAUUGCUCAAAGUGAAUCUUCAAAAAGUUCUUAUAAAGAAAAGUAUCGUCAAAUUAAAGAGUACAUGGCUUUUCGAAACUUACCAAUCAGCUUGCAAGAGAGGGUUUCAAAUUAUUAUGAACAAAAGUAUCAUCAUGGACGUUUUUUUGACGAAGAAAUGGUUUUAUCACAAAUAUCUCCUCCUCUCCGCAAAGAGAUCAUAAGUUAUACUUGCAGAGAUUUUGUAAAAAAUGUAUCAUUUUUUAAAGUUGGUUCACCUGAGUUCAUAUCUGCUGUCCUUCGUAAAUUAUCAUUUGACGUGUACUUAAGCGGAGAUGUUAUUUACAGUGAAGGUACAACUGCAACUGAAAUGUUUUUUAUACGAAAGGGAAGUGUUGAAAUUACAGUAACUGGUAAAUUUAUAGAAAAUCUCAAUGCUGGAGAUCAUUUUGGAGAAAUCAGCUUGCUUACCAAUACACGACGCUUAGUUACUGCUGUAGCCAUUACUACCUGUGAGAUGUUCACUUUGGAUGCAUGUGAUUUACGGAAAAUUUUAGAGGAGUACUCUGAUAUGAAGCAUAUAAUAGAACAUGCAGCUAUACAAAGGAUUAUUCAUAUAGUGAAGGAGAGUCAUUUACCUACGUACGAUGAGUUAAACAAUGAUGAAGAGUUUCUAAAUGAAUGUGAAAAAAAUAAGUUACUUGCAUUAAAUACUAUUGAUGUCAAUAAUUGUGGUUUUCAAAAAAAGCCUAAUCGUCUACUUUUCGAUGCUUUAAUAGCGUUAGGAGGAAGUAUUGAAAAAAACAAAGAAAUAGAAGAACCGUGUUUUAUCAAUAUAAACGAUAAUCUAAAGAACGCCAUUAUGAAUCAUAGAAAAAAAUAUAAAGACUGUAUUUUGUGCAUUGAAAAGAACGAGUUUUGAUAGU